AUGUCGCUAGAUGAAGAGAGCUUAGAGAUAGCCGCCAAUGGCGGCACGAUGGACCUUGACAAGUGGCCAGGCAUAGUAGAGCCGCUACUCGAGCGAUUGGAAUAUAUCAUCUACAAUGUCUUCCCAAUGCCUCAGAUGCCUCUCGAGCCCCCAUCUGCAGAGCAAUACCAACAGCAAUACCUAAAUCCAACCUCCUCUUUCCUCCACGACCCCAAUCCCGUACCCUCCAGCAGCAACAAGGAGAACACCGAACCGCCAAAUCUCCAAACACCUCCGCGGCCUCAUCCAUCAUCACUCAACCCUCCAUCGUCAACCGAGCGGAUUCCUGACUCACAACCUGCAUCUCAGGCAGGCACCGCAACCGCAACCCUCCCCGCACCGCUUCUCCUCACCGUCCAGUCUAUUCAAUCAACCCUGCGGUCCUUAUUUACUUCUAAGCCGCCACACACCAUCCAGCGGCUAGCGGAGCUCAUUCUUCGUCCCAGUGCAUAUUACCGAACACUUCCGGCUUACCUGCGCGCCGUUGACCGUGUUGUGUCGGUCACCAGUGGCGCAGAUGUGUUUCCGUUCCCAAUGCAAAGCGGUGCAGCUACAACCCAACCCCAGCCUAAUGGGACACUAAACGGCGCCGAGAACAAGUUUAUUCUACCAGAUAACACGCUAGGCAGCGAUGAGUCUCUGGGCGGCGCUCUUCUUACCCCCAUACCUUGGCUGAGUAACCCUGCUUCGCCAGGUCCUGAAGCGGCAGGUAUCGAUGAAGUACCCAUGGCAACAACAGCCCCAACCCUCCAAAACCAACUCCUCACUCAACCCGCUGAUCCAACCAGCCAACAGACCGUUGCUCCUGAGGGCGAUGGCACCGCCCUGGAGGGUGAAUUGACAGCUGAGCCCACCGAAGGAAUUCCUCAUGCUCGAGGCCCCUCCGUCCUUGGCGUGGAAGAUCUGGGUCUACAAGAUGGCAGGGAUGUUGAAGUAACCCUUCUAAGCAAAGAGACGGAAGCAGCAGGCGCGUCCUCUACUGAGGAAUCAAACUCUCCUAUUGCUACUUCUGAACAGCCCGGCAAGGAGCCUGCAGCCGCAGAUACCGAUUCAACAACCGCGACGGCUACGGCACAGAAAGAUAAGGAUGCAGACGCGGACGCGGAUGCGGAUGGAGAUGGAGAUAUCACACUAUCCGACGAGCCGACUAUACUGCAGGAAGGCCAAGGCGACAAGAAGUAG